UGAGGUUUUACGUGGGUUCGUUGGGCUCCGAUUCGACGCCCGAUUUAUUUACAAUUUUACAUGCAUUUCGGGUCAACAUUUGAAUCGGCUUCUCUCGUCUGCUUCCAAUUCCAGAUCUGAAGCUCCCUCAGUCCUCAGAUCUUCAAUUUCUUCUUGUGUUUGGUUUAGUUCUCACUGCUAAAGAUGGGAGGAGGAUUUAGAGUGCUCCAUCUGGUCAGACCAUUUCUUUCAUUUCUGCCAGAAGUUCAGAGUGCUGACAGGAAGAUUCCUUUCAGAGAGAAGGUCAUAUACACUGUCAUUUCUCUUUUCAUCUUUCUGGUUUGCAGUCAGCUUCCUCUUUAUGGAAUACACUCGACAACGGGUGCCGAUCCAUUUUAUUGGAUGCGUGUUAUUCUUGCGUCAAACCGUGGGACUGUGAUGGAGCUUGGAAUUACCCCUAUUGUGACGUCUGGACUAGUGAUGCAACUCUUGGCUGGAUCAAAGAUCAUUGAAGUGGACAACAGUGUCCGCGAGGAUCGUGCCCUCUUAAAUGGGGCACAAAAGUUGUUAGGCAUCCUGAUUGCUGUUGGUGAAGCUGUUGCAUAUGUCCUAUCUGGGAUGUAUGGUAGUGUCGGUCAACUUGGUGUGGGGAAUGCCAUUCUUAUCAUUAUUCAGCUUUGCUUUGCUGGAAUUAUUGUGAUAUGCCUAGAUGAGCUUCUCCAGAAGGGAUAUGGUCUUGGCUCUGGGAUCUCUCUUUUCAUAGCUACCAACAUCUGUGAAAGCAUUAUCUGGAAAGCUUUUAGCCCCACAACUAUCAAUAGUGGCAGGGGAGCUGAAUUUGAAGGUGCUGUUAUUGCUUUGUUCCAUCUACUGAUUACUAGGAGUGACAAAGUUCGUGCUCUCCGAGAGGCUUUUUAUCGGCAGAACCUUCCGAAUGUUACUAAUUUGCUUGCUACGGUCUUGAUCUUCCUUAUUGUCAUCUACUUCCAAGGUUUUCGUGUAGUCCUGCCUGUUAGAUCAAAGAAUGCUCGUGGACAACAGGGCUCAUAUCCUAUUAAGCUUUUCUACACCUCCAACAUGCCUAUAAUUCUCCAAUCUGCCCUUGUUUCCAAUCUUUAUUUCAUCUCCCAGUUGCUAUAUAGGAAAUACAGUGGAAAUUUCCUUGUAAAUCUGUUGGGAAAGUGGAAGGAAUCUGAAUAUUCAGGUGGCCAGUUUAUUCCAGUUGGUGGUCUUGCUUACUAUGUCACUGCACCGGCAAGCUUGGCAGAUAUGGCGGCCAAUCCAUUCCAUGCUCUAUUCUAUCUGGUCUUUAUGCUUUCUGCUUGUGCACUGUUCUCUAAAACUUGGAUUGAAGUAUCUGGAUCUUCUGCCCGAGAUGUUGCUAAGCAGCUCAAGGAGCAACAAAUGGUGAUGCCUGGACAUCGAGAUUCAAACUUACAGAAGGAACUGAAUCGCUACAUACCUACUGCCGCAGCCUUUGGUGGAAUGUGCAUUGGUGCACUUACAGUGCUGGCAGAUUUCAUGGGAGCAAUUGGCUCAGGAACUGGGAUAUUGCUUGCUGUCACAAUCAUCUAUCAGUACUUCGAGACAUUUGAGAAGGAGAGAGCCAGUGAACUUGGCUUCUUUGGCUUUUAAGCCCUAAUUUUCUGUUUUAGGGAAUCUUAAGCUCUUAGGUGGUGCUGAUUAGCUUUCUGGCAGUUUUGGUGAACUGAAAGAUGUAAGUAGGUCUCACCUUUACUUAACACACCAUGGAUAGAGAUUGAGUUCAGUAUGUAGUCUGGUUAUGGUUAAUGACUUGCUAUUCCUGUUUUCAUGGAAAAUUGGAUAGCGUGCUGAGGCAGAUAAACAACUGUCGGCGAAACUAGAGAUGAAUAACUUUUUCUUUAUUGUUAUCUUGUUCUGUCAUCUAUGUUUAGUGACACACUUCGGCAGAGAAA